AUGGCUACUCCGGGUGACAUUGGUUCGUUUUCAGUAUGGGACUAUGUUGUUUUUGCCCUCAUGCUGCUCAUCUCUGCUGUCAUAGGGAUUUACUAUGCAUUUGCUGGUGGUGGGCAGAAAACCUCAAAAGACUUCCUAAUGGGAGGCAGGAGCAUGACUGCUGUACCGGUAGCUCUGUCCCUUACUGCCAGCUUCAUGUCUGCUGUUACCGUGUUGGGUACCCCAGCAGAGGUAUACAGAUUUGGUUCUAUGUUCAGUAUAUUCGCAAUAACUUACACCAUUGUUGUCGUGAUCACAUCCGAAAUCUAUUUGCCAGUGUUCUACAGACUGGGAAUUACCAGCACCUAUGAGUACCUUGAGCUCAGAUUUAACAAAUGUGUACGACUUAUUGGCACGGUCUUAUUCAUCAUCCAGACGAUUCUUUAUACUGGAAUUGUAAUUUAUGCCCCAGCUCUGGCACUGAAUCAAGUCACCGGGUUUGAUUUGUGGGGUGCUGUCGUAGCCACAGGAGUGGUCUGUACCUUCUAUUGUACAAUGGGUGGUCUUAAAGCAGUGGUAUGGACAGAUGUUUUCCAAGUUGGAAUCAUGGUUGCAGGAUUUUCAUCUGUAAUUAUUCGAGCUGUGGUUGUCCAAGGUGGAAUUGCCCCCAUUUUGAAUGACUCCUUUUAUGGAGAUAGACUUAAUUUCUGGGAUUUCAACCCCAAUCCACUGCAGCGGCAUUCAUUUUGGACAAUUGUCAUUGGAGGAACCUUUACAUGGACUGCAAUCUACGGUGUCAAUCAAUCACAAGUACAGAGAUAUAUUGCUUGUAAAACCAGAUUUCAUGCUAAAAUGUCCCUGUAUGUGAAUCUAUUAGGACUUUGGGCUAUUCUCUCUUGUGCAGUACUUAGUGGACUGGCUAUGUAUUCUAUAUAUAAGGACUGUGACCCCUGGACUGCUAAAUUUGUGUCAGCCCCUGACCAGCUGAUGCCUUACCUAUCCCUUGACAUUUUGCGAGAUUAUCCAGGACUUCCCGGAUUGUUCGUGGCAUGCGCAUAUAGUGGAACCUUAAGCACAGUGUCAUCUAGUAUUAAUGCUUUGGCAGCUGUCACAGUAGAAGACCUCGUGAAACCUUACUUCAAAUCUAUCAGCAACAGUGAGACCAAACUGUCAUGGGUUUCCAAAGGAACAAGUUUGCUGUAUGGUGCUGUGUGUAUUGCCAUGGCGGGCUUAGCAUCUCUAAUGGGAGGCUUACUACAGGCAGCACUCUCUAUAUUUGGCAUGGUUGGAGGUCCAUUGCUAGGGCUUUUUUCUUUAGGAAUCCUCUUUCCCUUUGUGAACCCACUAGGCUCUGUAGUUGGUCUCCUGGUGGGAUUUGCAGUUUCAUUGUGGGUUGGAAUCGGGUCUCAGAUUUACCCCCCUCUUCCUAUUAGUAGCUUGCCCAAAUACCUCUCUGUAGAUGGAUGUAAUUUCAGCACUAUUGAUACCAACUGGACCUUAACAACAGCACUUCCUACCGUAACAGACUUAAUGAUAGAGGCUCAAGUCAGUGACAGACCUGCACUGGCUGAUAGUUGGUAUUCUUUGUCCUAUCUAUACUUCAGUACCAUCGGUACAAUCAUUACUCUUAUUGUCGGAAUAAUAGUCAGCCUAUUAUCUGGAGGUUUAAAACAAAAUGUAAACCGGGAUUUCCUUUUAACAUCUCAAGACUUCGACUACCUUAAAGUAUUGCUUCCUUCCAGUUGGGGAAAAGAAAGUGAAAAAGUAGAAGUACUUAACUAUAAGACUCAGGACAGUGAUCCAUACCCAGAUAAAGGGACGGAUAAUCCUGCUUUCAGUCACAUGGAAAUGUACAGCACAGAAGGAAAUGAGAAAGUUAACGGCGUUAAUCCAUGAAAUUGUAUAGGUCUGAUCUAAGGUGCUUGAACAAAGGACAACAGACACUGCAUGGAUUUGUUGUAGUACAAUGUAUUUUACAUAUAAAAUGGGGUAUUUUACCUCCAGAAAACGUUUAGAAAGUGACUCAGGGUGUUAUUAAAAAGAAACAAUACUGCACAGCUGCCUAUUCGACAUUUGCUAUCCCCAACGCUCACCUGUGUGUCCUGUGACACAUCGCCCGACAGUAAAUGAUUUCUUAGCCAGUCACUGAAUGAGACAGAUAACCAGUACAGCUAGUGUUUGGCUGAACAGACAGUUCUUGCACAUUUUGCGCGUCACAGGAAGCAGGGAGCGCUAGGGACCCGGAGAGGUCCAAUCAGCAGCUUCUGAGAAUCUUGAAAGGUGAGUUCCCUUUUUUGACAUCACCCUGAGUCACUUUCAAUUUAUUUGUAUUUAUUUUUUGUGCAUUUAUGUAUGUAGUUAAUCUCCUAAUGUAGUUAAUCAGUUUUAUAAAGAAAAAUCUUUUGCCUGAAAAAAAAUUAUUUGAAAAAACGACAGCAUUUUUUUCAUGCUUUAUAUAUCCAUGUUUUUUUUUUUUAUGCCAUAUCUGUGGUGAUUACUACAACAAGAAAAAGAGGAUACACCAUGUAGCGCACACCCAAUAGUUUUAUUAUCAAAAUUCAUUUUAUUGCACACGCCAGACAAAACACCUAAAAACACUUAAAGGGUUACUCCGCCCCUGGCAUCUU